AUGGCGCAAACCGUCUUGGACAUAUUCUACUCCUUGUGCAAUUGCCUAUAUUGCUUCCCAGGCACGCCGCAACUGAAGAUCAACAACCGAAGCUUUCGCAUGCUCCGGCUGCUUGGGGAGGGCGGCUUCUCCUACGUCUACCUGGUCCAAGACACCACCGACUCGGCAUUAUACGCACUGAAGAAGAUCCGAUGUCCAUUCGGACAAGAGUCAGUCUCGCAAGCACUGAAGGAAGUUGAAGCAUAUACACUAUUCGCGCCACACCCGAACAUCAUCCGUAGCAUCGACCAUGCGGUGCAGAACGACUCGACGACCAAAGUGUCGGGGAUAGGCAACGACACGUCGGCCGGCGCGGCCAGCAAGACCGUCUACAUCCUGCUGCCGUACUACCGCCGAGGCAAUCUGCAGGACAUGAUCAACGCGAACCUAGUCAACCACACCCGCUUCGGCGAGCGGCGACUGAUGCAGUUGAUGCUGGGGGUCUGCAAGGCCCUGAAAGCAAUGCACCAGUACCAAGUGCGCAACACGCCUUCACGAGCCGUGGCCAAGGCCGUGCGCGACAAGGGGGCCAGCGAGGACCAAGAUGCGGCGCGGAGGAAAAUGCGCGCCCAGAAACAGAAACGAACCAUGACGGGCGACCAGACGCACCAGGACGACCUGGCCGAGGAGCAGGAACAGCCGCUGAUGCCGGACGACGAGGUGACCCGGGCUCAGGAGGGCAAACAACCCGGCGAAACCCGCGCAUAUGCCCACCGCGACAUCAAGCCGGGAAACAUCAUGAUCGACGACGACGGACGCACGCCGAUCCUCAUGGACCUGGGUAGUCUUGCUCCGAGUCCGACCCCGAUCACGUCGCGGUCCAUGGCCAUCGCGGUGCAGGACACGGCGGCCGAGCAUUCCACCAUGCCCUAUCGAGCGCCCGAGCUGUUCGAUGUCAAGACGGGGAGUGUCAUCGACACGAAGGUCGACAUCUGGUCGCUCGGCUGCACCAUGUACGCCUGCCUGGUCGGCAAAUCCCCUUUCGAAGCCCGCUCGGACGAGACCGGCGGUUCGUUGAGCAUCUGUGUUCUGAGCGGGGACUGGCGCUGGCCGGGAGAAGGAAAUGCGACAAAGGGAAAGGAUAAAAUACCGGCCCAAACACAAUCCGCCAAUGGUGACGCCAAUCAGGCCACGACAGGUAAUUCUCCAGUUGGCCCCACGCCAGAGGGGAAGAGGAUCUAUCCUCACCCAGCGGCUCGCGAGGUUGUUAGUCGGUGUCUGCAGGUUGAACCGUCCGAGCGGCCGGAUGUGGACGAGCUGAUGACUCUGAUCGAUACAUGUCUCAGCGAGUUGCCUGAGGACGACGAGGGCUCAGGUGUCGAGAACGAGGCCGAGUAG